AUGGUAAAUGUAAAAAGAAGUGUGAUUCCCAUUGAAUCAUUCUGGGUAGUACUAACAGAUUUCACUGAUUCUGCAAUCACAGAUAUUGCAUUUUUUGGACGUGUUGCAUCGCUUGGAAUCAACUAUGGCCAAGUAGCUAACAAUUUGCCGACACCAGACAAGGUCCUCGAACUCUUCAGCAACUAUAAGAUAACAAAAACUAGAAUUUAUGACACCAAUCCGCAGAUUCUGAGUGCUUUUGCCAAUUCAAAUGUUGAGGUCAUUGUGACAGUUGAAAACCAAAUACUGAGUCAGUUAAAUGAUCCCCAACAAGCACUACAAUGGGUAAGCGACCAUAUCAAACCGUAUCUUCCAGACACAAAGAUCACUGGGAUUCAAGUAGGGAACGAGGUGUUCACUGAUGAUGACACCACUCUUAUUCAGUAUCUUGUGCCAGCAGUGGUUAACAUUCAUAAUGCUCUAGUUCAGUUAGGCUUAAACUCAAAAAUCGAUGUUUCAACACCUAGUUCCUUAGCAGUGCUUGAAGAAUCUUACCCUCCUUCAGCUGGUAGUUUCAAAAGUGAGAUCUCUGGGAUCAUGUACCAGUUUUUGAACUUCUUGUCUAGCACUAAUGCACCCUUUUGGAUCAAUGCCUACACUUAUUUUGCUUACAAGAGUGACCCUAAUGGGAUUUCUUUGGAUUAUGCAUUGUUUAAUCCUAGUGAAGGAAUGGUUGACCCCAAUACCAAUUUACACUAUGAUAAUAUGCUUUAUGCUCAGGUAGAUGCUGUUUUAUUUGCCAUUGCUAGAAUGGGUUUUAAAGGGAUAGAGGUUAGGGUCUCUGAGACUGGUUGGCCAUCUAAAGGAGACCCUGAUGAGGUUGGUGCCACAGUUCAGAAUGCUGCAACUUAUAACAAGAAUUUGUUGAGAAGGCAAAUGGCAAAUGAAGGGACACCUCUAAGACCUAGAAUGAGGUUGGAAGCAUACCUUUUUGCGUUGUUUAAUGAAGAUAUGAAACCUGGACCAACCUCAGAAAGGAACUAUGGCCUCUUUCAACCUGAUGAAACUAUGACUUACAAUGUAGGGCUCUCUACUUUUGCAACCACAUCUACUUCAAUUUCUCUUACCUCCUCUGCCACUAAGACAAAGGCAGCACCAAAGGAAUACAAAAGCUUGUUGUACUGGAUGUUUGUGUGUUUGCUGACUUCAAUCCUUUGUGGCAUUGUUUGA